AAGAGGAAACACUCACUGAGGAAGUUAUGUGUCAAGAUUGACAAGCUGUGUUAUAAGAACUACUCAUCGACAUAAAACAUAGAGAUCAUUUUAAUGCCAAAAUGGAAGUUGAUUUGUCCUUGUUGAAGUCCGCAAAAGGUCUACUGAGAAUAUCAGAAAUGGUAUGUGUUUUUGUGGCUUUUGUGUGUUAUGCAGUGGCAUCUAGGCCACCCUACAUUGCAGCGACAUGCAUGGAAUUUUUAAUCACACUUGGUUUUCUUCUGCUCUACCUACUGAAACUCAACAAGAUGUUCACUCUCUUCUUCUGGCCUCUUAUUGAUGUGUUCAACUCGUUCUUUGCAGCUGUACUGAUGUGUAUUCUUAGCCUGGUAGCAGUUUCCACAUACACAGUGAAGGGCACUUUGAGCGGAGGGAUCGUGGGUUUUGUGGCUGCAGCCUUGUGGUCUUUGGAUGGCUUUAUCCUUUUCAAAAAAAUCACAUUCAACAAGCCAAGAACCAGCCCAGAGGCCCAAACAGGGAACAAUUAAAGCUUUGCAGGACCAGCUGUCUCAUUUUGUGAGCGGACCUAUUUUGUAAAACCAAAAUAAGAUUGUAAAAUACUUAUAUAGGUAUAAUGUAUUUAUUAUUAUUAUUAUUAUUAUUAUUAUUAUUAUUAAUAAAUAGAGUUGCCACUCUGUCCUGUGAACUUAAGUCUCCAGAACUGUCUCUGGGAAUGCAUGUUGCUUUAAUACACAUAAGUGUGCAAAAUGAUGAAACCUAUCCACAAAUAUUCACCACUCAAAAUAAAUUCCUCCAUUAAUUGA